ACCUUUGCACAACUUUUGCAACAGUGAUAGUACUAUAGAUAAGUGCAUUAUUUGUACGUUGGAUCAUUAUUUUCCAAUAGAAUCUCUACAUUUCUUGUAAACAACUCGAACCUCUUAAGAAACAUGGCUCUAAUCUGCAAUCUUUCUCAUUGUACUUCAAUUUUUCUCAAUAAAUUUGCAUGUUCGAGGAAGAAGAAACUCUGCCGGAUUGCCUGUGGAGCUACCGCUCGUCAAAAUUGGAGCAUAAAUCCGGAACCCUCAGAAUAUCGAAAUAAACACCUUUUUCGGGUUGAUCAUAAGUUUCCCAUCAACUACGAAAACAAACUAGAGGAACUACGACACUUACUCGUCAAGCCGGCAGUCAAAGAAGAAUAUCCGAUAGAAAGUUUGAUCUUGGUUGAUGCGAUCCAACGGUCAGGAAUCGGCCACCAUUAUCGAGACGAGAUUCACACGAUUCUCACACGCUACUACGUGAAAAACCCCAGAGAUAGCAGUAGUAGUACUAUUCACGAUGCUGCGCUUUCUUUCCGUUUAUUAAGACAACAAGGAUGCCACGUUUCUGCAGAAGUGUUUAAUAAUUUCAAAGGGAAGUUCAGAGGAGAAGUAAGACAAGAUAUCACGGGAUUGUUGGAACUGUACGAAGCUACACAGUUGGGUUUCGAAGGAGAAAACAUACUCGUCGAAGCAGAAGAUUUCAGCAGCAAGCUUCUCCGCAAAUGCGCAGAAGAAAUCGAGUGCAGCAAAUGGUCUCGACAUAUUAACACGAGACUAAAGCACCCUUGUCACAAGAGCAUAACAAGAUUCACAGAAACGAACAACUUCCUACUAGUAAGAUCGGAUCUACGUGGCGGGGCCGUAAAUAGCUGGGAGAAACCAUUAAUGGAGCUAGCUGAAGUUGAACUGCUCUUGGCAAAACCUAUAUACCAAGAGGAACUUCUCCAAAUUCACAAGUGGUGGGAUGGUCUAGGAUUAACAAAGGAGCUAAAGUUAGCAAGAAACCAGCCAUUAAAAUGGUACACAUGGUCGAUGACUGCACUGAUAAAUGAUAUCCGAUUGUCGAAGCAGAGAAUCGAGCUUACAAAGUUCAUAGCUUUUAUUUACUUGAUAGACGACAUUUUCGAUCUUUACGGCACACCAGAUGAGCUGGCUGUCUUCACAGAAGCUGUAGACAAAUGGGACUAUGCUGCAAUAGAUAUGCUGCCUGAAUACAUGAAGAUGAGCUACAAGGCCCUUCUCGAUACCGUAAACGAGAUAGCCCGUAUGAUCUUUGAAAAGCAUGGACACAACCCUAUUAAUACCCUAAAAGAAACGUGGUUAAGUUUGUGCAAGGCAUUUCUAGUGGAAGGAAGGUGGUUUGCCGACGGGGAAUAUUUGCCGAGUGCAGAAGAGUAUUUGUCCAACGGCAAAGUGAGCUCGGGUGUGCAUGUAGUGUUGGUUCACUUAUUCUAUAUUUUAGGUCUUGGUGGGACCCACAACCAAGGCGCAAUCCUUCUAGAAGAAAACUCGACGCUCAUAUCAAGUGUAGCUGCAAUUCUUCGUCUUUCGGACGAUUUGGGUAGUGCCAAUGAUGAGCAACAAAACGGGAAGGAUGGCUCGUACAUAGAGUACUACAUGAGAGAUAACCGUGGUUUAUCGUUGAAGCAAGCGCGUGAGCAUGUAAUAAACAUGAUAGCAAGUGAGUGGAAGCUUCUUAACAAGGAGUGUGUUGAUAUAAAUCAGUUUUCGGCAGAGUUGUCGUUUUAUCGAGAAGCUUGUCUUAAUCUUGCAAGGAUGGUGCCCCUCAUGUAUAGCUAUGACGACAACCAGAGACUUCCGAUUCUCGAGGAAUAUGUCGAUUUAAUGUUGUUAAAGCCAAAGUCAUCGGAGCACCAUUGAACAAAUAAAGCACUAGCUAACUCGAGAGCAACUUGUGUUUGGGCAUAUGCAUAUAUAAAGUGGUUUUUUGUAUGUAUAAUAUAACUUUUAAGUAAUAAGCAAAGAUAUGUAAUCAUAAAACCAUGAUUGAAAAUUAAAAAAGAGACAAAAAAAAAUUUAAAAUUGAAAUUGGGAUCUUAUAGCUUGUCGAACGGAAUUUCAUUCACAAAAUGUAAUGAACGCCCAAUAGAAAUCGAGAUCGAAUGUGAAAUUCGACAAAAAGUCAUAAGAGCAAAAUCGAGGGAAGAAUAUGUAGAAUAAUUUGAAGCUAUAAAUAGUGCAAGUUUAAUUCAUGGAUUAAAUUUUUUGAAAUAUUAAAUGUCGUUUCAAUUUACUAAUACCCUUUUGACUCGGAACGUAAUUUGGACCAUUUUUUGUCUGAUUUAUUGUAUUUUGGGGAUGCAAGGUGCUAUUAAUUUUUUUUCAAGGGUGCAAAGUACAAAAAUACUACAUUUCAAGGGUGCAAAGGCAAUUCCAAAGCAUAUUCCCUUUUACACUGGAUAAUUAAUUCCUUUCAAAUUGGGCUUCAAACCUACUAGCUAAUGGGCCUAUCGAUUUCCAUAUUAUUCUGUCUAUCUCAAUUCGUACUUUAAUUGCAAACAAUAUUAGAAUUUUAUUACAUGCAGUUUAUUAUUUUAUUAUUGAAGAGAUUUUUCAGUACCAUAUGUUUGAUGAAGUAAUGAGUUUUCUUCCAU